AUGGUGGCAUUAUCAAAAGACGAUAUGACUGAUAUCUCAUUGGUUGAUGAUGAUUUUGACAGAAUGACCCUUUUAGUGGAUCCUAAUACUACUUUAUUAAACUCUUUAUUAAACAUUUCGAUACAGGACGAUGUAAACACACAGCAGAUGAAAUUAGAUAAUCUUUAUCUAUUGACCAAGUUGGAUCGCAAUAUUAGGUAUCAGAUCAAACAUCAAUUUUUAUCAUUUAUAUCUAGAAUAUUUACGGAUGUUAGAUUAUAUGAAACAUUACAAAACAAUAGCAUCGAUAUCAAUUUGAAAUACUUUAAAUUGUUAAAUAAAAGUAUUGAUCUGGGCGGAGAAGUUAUUGAUCUUAAUGGAAGUUUACAAUUUCAACAUGUUUAUAAAUUUUUUAUUGAAUUUAUGGAAAAAAUGGAUAAUAAAGUGCCCACCGAUGGUAAAUACGCGACUUUAAUGGUAGAAUUAUUGCAAUAUUUCAUGUUUUAUAGAAAUAAAACUAACUUUUUAGAUUAUCCAUUGAUUAAAACAAUCUCAGAGAUUAUUAUUAAUUUAUCAGACAAACUAAACUAUACUAUUAAUUAUAAAUAUAUUGUCACUACAAAUAUUCCAACCGAUAAUGCACAUAAGGACACAUCAGUUAGUUAUAACAUCACCGGAGGAAAUACAAAAGAGAAUUUAUCUGUACCUAAUCCAUGUAUCAUAGAAAAUAUUUAUGAAAUAGACAUAUUACAAUAUUGUCUGGUACUAGUAACGUCCACUGAGAAACCAGAGGAUCCCUUCACGACUUUAUCGAAUGAUGUCGAUAUCAGAAUAUUCAUUCUAAGUCUUUUAAAACAUAGCAAUAUUAGUUUAAAAUGUUCUGCAUUGCAUUUCUUGUUAUAUCCAUAUUUUUCAACCAGUAUGGCAUGGCGAGAUACAAGGACGGUAAAUCAACUGAUGCCAUUCUUAUUAAAGACCUUUGAUUCUAAAUGUAUCCCGAGGUGGUUUGAUCCAUUCCAUACGUUAAUCACAUUGAUAGAGAUAUACAACCAAAAAAUGCCUGGUGGCAAUCCUGUGGUGGGUUUUCUGAAAAGAACAAAUCUCGUUCAUGGGUUUAUGGAUCUAUUCUUUGUAGAAUUGACAAAAUGUAAUGACGCCCAAACGAAUCAGGAACUAAUAACACAGUUCAUUAAAUUUUCUGCAUGUUGUUCUGCAUUUGAUGAAAUAUAUAGGUUGGAACUACUAAAAAAUGGGUUCCUUAUGCAUCAAUUGAAAAAGGAUAUAGAAGGUCAUAUAUCACUACUACAAGAUUUUUUAGUUAAUAAACAAAUAUUUGUAGGGAUGAACCGCAAUUUACCUGUUUUAAAUAACAGUGAGAAGGUUGUUGUAUGGUUAGAAUUGUUGAAAUCAUUCUCUAGAAGUACAGCUGCAUUAAGAACUACUUUGAAAAAGAAUAACUUAACCAAAAACAUUAUGACUUUACUAAAUUUAACGUACUCAAUAAUGAAAGAUUGUUAUUUUACGGGAUCUAAUUUUUUGCAAACUGAAAUAAAAAUAAUGGGGUUAUCCUUGGGUAUUUUAUGUAACUUUAUUGUUGAGUUUUCAAACGUUCAAUAUUUUCUUACUGAUCAAGGUAUUGUUGAUCUCUGUAGCGACAUCCUAACAGAUCCCUUAUUUAAUCCAAAAAAGACUUGGAGAAAUUUGACAAGGAAAAUGGCCUUCGAUGAUUUAUAUGUGGAAGAGGUUAAAACAAAUACAUUGUGGGUUAUAAGACAUCUAAUGUAUAACAGUCAAAAUCAUGAGAAAUUAGAAUUAUUAGACAAGAUAAGUAUUGACACGAUUUUAGAUUUUGUUAAUGACCCAUGCUGGACAGUUCAACAACAAUGUUUCCAGGUUCUCAAGAAUUUAACAUGUAACUCUAGAAAAGUAAUCAAUUUUUUACUAGAAAGAUUUAAAAAUGUGAGGUACAUGGUUGAUCCGGUUGACGGUUCAAGAGUAGCAGUAGGAUCGACAUAUUUAUUUGAAUUUUUGGCUAGAAAGUUGCGUUUGUUAGAUGUGCAUGAUUUAUCUCAGAAAAGAACUUUAGAGGCUAUUCUUUAUAUUAUUGUGAAUAUUGCCGCUGUGAAUGAAAAUAAGAAGGAACUCGUUUUAGAACAGACAGAUAUCCUAAGACUCAUAUAUCAGAUCCUAUCGGAAACCCCAGGUAAUUCGGAAAAAUAUGGCAAUAAUAGUGAAUUGAAGCUAGCCUGCUUAUGGAUACUCCAUAAUAUUUUAUGGGAUUCUAACAUGCAGGAAGAUUCACAGAGUGUACUGUACUCAAAUAGUCAGGAAAGACAUGGCUCAAAUAGUGAGAACAGUAGCACGUCUACAAGUGCUUCUUCACAAACUCUCGAAAGGGUUGAGUCUACCAGAAAUUAUUCUGGUAUUCGCCCAAAUACUUCCAUGAAAACUGUGGCUCGAUGUGAACGUUUGCAAGAACUUGGUUUCCGUGACUUGGUUAAGACAGCCGUUUUGGACACAAAUAUUAAUGUAAGACAAAAGGCUACUAAUUUAGAUGACCUUAUGUUUAAAUUGCUCAAUGGUACGUAUGAACUCGAUUAG